AGGAUUCGGAACAAUAAUAAUGAACCCAAGUACAAGAGGUUUUCAUAACUUGUCCAAAGUGGAAGAGUUGUUUCUGGAUUAUUCUAUCCUCCCAACUAACUUCUUUCACGGCAUUGGAGCAUUGACUUCCCUCAAGGUUUUAUCACUAUACGAUUGCGGACUUACUGGCUCCUUAACAAGCCCAGGCCUCUGUGAAUUGACACAUCUUCAAGAGUUGGACAUUAGCAGCAAUUAUUUAGGGGGACCCUUACCUUCGUGUUUGGCAAAUUUGACUUCUCUCCAGAGUUUAAGCCUUGAUUCAAAUAGAUUUUCUGGAGAUAUAGCUCUAUCACCCCUUAACAAAUUGACAUCCCUUCAUUACCUGUCGCUUUCAAACAAUCACUUUCAAAUUCCCAUCUCUCUUCAACCAUUUUUCAACCAUUCAAAACUCAAGUAUAUUUAUGCUAACAACACUGAAUUUUAUGUAGAUACCAACAUUGAAUCCUUGGAACCAACUUUCCAACUAAAGACCUUAGUUUUGGUUGGUCACGGAGAUUGUGAAGGAAUUCCAAACUUCCUCUACUCUCAACAUGACCUCGAAACUUUAGACCUCUCGCACCUUAACCUAACUGGAAAAUUUCCCAUUUGGUUGUUGGAAAACAACACAAUGUUAAACACACUUUUGCUGGUUAACAAUUCCCUCUCUGGACCAAUUACAUUGCUAGCUCAUUCUCAUAUGAGUUUGGAAGAUCUAGAUAUCUCCAAAAAUUUCUUGGAUGACCAUAUUCCAAUGAAGAUUGGAGCAUCUUUGCCAAGUUUACGAUAUUUAAACAUUUCAAGAAAUUCUCUUACUGGUAGCAUUCCUCCUUCAAUUGGUGAUAUGAAGUUGCUCAUGUCUUUGGACUUAUCUCACAAUAACCUAACUGGUGGAAUACCUAAGAAGUUAACCAUGGGUUGCUCAUCAUUACUGUCCCUUAUUCUAUCAAACAACAAUCUGCAAGGCCAAAUUUUCUCUGAGAAAUUUAGCUUAUUCCAGUUGGAGAAAUUACAGUUGAAUGGCAAUUACUUUUCUGGAAGUAUCCCAAAAUGCUUAUCAAAUUGCUCCAAUUUGUAUUCAAUAGAUUUCAGCAAUAACAAUCUCUCUGGAAGGAUCCCGAGCUGGAUGGGUAAUAUGUCAUACUUGCAAGAAAUUAUCAUACCUAAUAAUGGUCUUGAAGGUCCAAUUCCUAUCAACUUUUGUCACCUUCAAUAUCUUGAAAUUCUAGACCUUUCAAAUAACAAUAUUUCAGGGCGUUUGCCAGCUUGUUUCAGCCCAAGAGAUAUAAAUCAUGUUCAUUUAUCCAAAAACUGGCUAGAAGGGUUGCUAACAACACAAUUUUGUAACAGCUCGUCUCUUGUAACGCUAGAUCUUAGUGACAACCAGCUAAGUGGAAACAUCCCAGAUUGCAUCCAUAUGCUUGGCGAGUUGAGUUAUCUUAUCUUGAAGAACAAUAAUCUUGAAGGUGAGAUCCCAAUUCAGCUAUGCAAGUUGCAAAAAUUGAGCUUGAUUGAUCUAUCUCAAAACCAUCUUAAGGGCCAUAUACCUUCUUGCCUAAAUAUUACCACUUUUGAUGAGGCUAACAAAGUUGGUCCAUCUAUAGCUCAAGCUCCAUCUAUAGCUCAAGCUCCAUCUUAUGCUCAACCUCCAUCUUAUGGUCAACCUCCUGAGCCAAUUUCUACAGAUGAACCAGUGUAUUUCACAACAAAGAAUGUGUCAUAUUCUUACAAGGGAAGACUUCUCACCUACAUGUCUGGAAUAGACCUGUCCUGCAAUAAACUGACCGGUGAAAUUCCUUAUGAAAUUGGGCACCUUAGUAAGAUUCAUGUACUAAACUUGUCUCAUAAUUUCUUGGUUGGUCAAAUUCCAUCUACAUUUUCUAAACUUGAGCAAAUUGAGAGCUUGGAUCUUUCCUACAACAAUUUGAGUGGGAAAAUUCCUCCCCAGCUUGUUCAGCUGCAUUACUUAUCUUCCUUUAGGGUGGCAUACAACAACCUAUCAGGCAAGACACCAAAAAGGGUCGGGCAAUUUGGAACAUUUGAUGAAAGUUGUUACCAGGGUAAUCCUUUGCUUUGUGGGGAACCAAUGAAAAGUUGCUCAGUGUCAAGUCCACCACCGUUGAUCCAAGGAGGUCCAACCCAGGGUAGAGAAGAUGAUGGUUUCAUUGAUAUGGGUGUCUUCUAUGUGAGUUUAGUUGUGUCUUACAUAAUGGUGCUCAUAACUAUAGCUGCAGUUCUCUACAUAAAUCCUUAUUGGAGACGGGCCUGGUUUUAUUACACUGAGAUGUGCUUCAUUUCUAGCUACUAUUUUAUAGUAGAUCAUCUACCCAAGCAAUUUCAUUAAAGAAUGUAGCCAUAUUAUAGGUGUCAUUUUUAAAUAUAUAUGUUCUUAUUGUUUCCUGUUCGGAAUUGCAAUGAGAAGUCAUACAUAUAUGCUCUUUCAAGUAAAACUAGCAAGCAGAGUUUGGGACCGAAUUUGACAUAAGUCAAGUCGUGAGGGAGUAUUGAUUGGAGUAACGACCUGUUCCUAUUGGGUAAUUGAAAAUAAUACUUGAUUGGAGUA